AUGAAACCCAACCCCACAAGCUCUUCCCCACACCUUUGUGGAGCUGCCACCUUAGGGGAGAAGAACUGCCCUGUCUGCCAGGCCUGCAGAGCGGGGGAAGGACCAGGGGCCUCCUAUCCUGACAUGGCUCAACCCAAAGCUGGUGGUCUGACAGUACCCCAGGGCCAAGCACCCCAGAGCCAGGCACCCCAGGGCCAGGCACCCCAAGGCCGGAUACCCCAGGGCCAGACUCCUCAGGGCCAGGCACCCCAGGGCCAGGCACCGCAGGGCCAGAUACCCCAGGGCCAGACUCCUCGGGGCCAGGCACCCCAAGGCCAACCACCCCAAGGCCGGAUACCCCAGGGCCAGACUCCUCAGGGCCAGACACCGCAGGGCCAGAUACCUCAGGGCCAGACACCUCAGGGCCAGACACCGCAGGGCCAGAUACCCCAGGGCCAGACUCCUCGGGGCCAGGCAUCCCAAGGCCAACCACCCCAAGGCCGGAUACCCCAGGGCCAGACUCCUCGGGGCCAGGUACCCCAGGGCCAGGCACCCCAGGGCCAGAUACCCCAGGGCCAGACUCCUCGGGGCCAGGCACCCCAAGGCCAACCACCCCAAGGCCAGGCACCCCAGGGCCAGGCACCCCAAGGCCGGAUACCCCAGGGCCAGACUCCUCAGGGCCAGGCACCCCAGGGCCAGGCACCCCAGGGCCAGAUACCCCAGGGCCAGACUCCUCGGGGCCAGGCACCCCAAGGCCAACCACCCCAAGGCCGGAUACCCCAGGGCCAGACUCCUCAGGGCCAGGCACCCCAGGGCCAGGCACCCCAGGGCCAGAUACCCCAGGGCCAGACUCCUCAGGGCCAGGCACCCCAAGGCCAACCACCCCAAGGCCAGGCACCCCAGGGCCAGGCACCUCAGGGCCAAGCAUGCCAGAGCCAGGGUCCCAACAGCAAAGCUAAGGCAGAGCCCCCACGUCCCACCAGCCAGAAGGCCCUGGUGACAGGAGGGGGUGGGUAUUUUGGGUUCAGUCUGGGCUCCAGCCUUUGCCAGAGGGGGGUCUCAGUGGUUUUGCUCGACAUCCAGCGUCCUAAAUGGGAGCUACCCAAAGGAGUUGCAUUCAUCCAGGGUGACAUCCGAGAUGGGGAGGCCCUAUAUCGAGCUUGUGAAGGGGUUGACUGUGUUUUCCAUGUGGCUUCCUAUGGAAUGUCAGGUGCUGAAAAGCUGCAUAAAGAACAGAUUGAAUCUGUAAACAUUGGCGGAACCAAAAUAGUGAUUGACGUCUGCAUCAAACGACAAAUUCCAAGGCUCAUCUACACCAGCACUGUCAAUGUUGCAUUUGGGGGAAAGCCCAUCAAGCAGGGCAAUGAAGACUCCGUGCCAUAUUUCCCACUUGAGAAGCACAUUGACCACUAUUCUCGGACCAAAGCCAUCGCAGACCAGCUGAUCCUCACAUCCAAUGGAACCCCACUCCCUGGAGGAGGUACCCUUCGAACAUGUGUCCUUCGUCCCCCAGGCAUCUAUGGACCAGAAGAGCAGAGGCACCUCCCCCGGGUGGCGGGUAACAUCAAGAAGAGAUUAUUUACCUUCAAAUUUGGGGAUCCCAGGACACGUAUGAACUGGGUCCAUGUACAGAACCUGGUCCAGGCACACCUUCUGGCUGCAGAGGCACUCACUGCAAACAAAAGCUACGUCGCGAGUGGCCAAGCUUAUUACAUCAAUGAUGGAGAAAGCGUCAACCUCUUUGAAUGGAUUUCCCCUCUGUUUGAUAAGAUGGGAUACCGCCGGCCAUGGAUCCGGAUUCCUACUUCUUUGGCUUACCUGGCAGCCACAGGAAUGGAAUAUUUCCACCUGGUCCUGAAACCCAUUUGUGAUUUCCCACCUCUGCUGACCCGAAGUGAGGUGUGGAGUAUCGCCGUGACUCACACCUUCCAGAUCCAAAAGGCCCAUGACCAACUUGGCUACAUUCCGGAGAAGUUCACCUUUGCUGACUCAGUAGACCACUAUAUCCAGACCUGGCACAAGCAGCAACGCCACAGCCCAGGGCUUCUGAGAUUCCUGAUGGUCCUCAUCUGCCUCCUUGGGGCACUCUUGCUUUGCCUGUACCUCCUGGAGCCCUCGUUCCUGGGGCUUUCCCAUGGAGACCACAUGUGA